CGAAGCGACUGCGUGGUCAUUGCGUCGCGCCAACGCGGAACCAUGAGGAGGCCUUAAGAGUCAGUGAAGUGGGUCUGAACUGGUCUUUCUCGCCCCCAGCAAGGUGCCGCGGCCAGAGAAGCUUGCAGCUCACCUGUUUGAGGUCGAUGAAGAUGUGGAGAAAGAUGAGGACUCGUCGUCACUGGGCUCGCAGAAAGGGGGGCGUGUCCAAACACGGCUGGCUCUACAAGGGCAACAUGAACAGCGCCAUCAGCGUCACCAUGAGGUCCUUCAAGAGGAGGUACUUCCACCUGGCCCAGCUGGGCGACGGCUCCUACAACCUCAACUUCUACAAGGAUGAGAAGACCUCCAAGGAGCCCAAAGGAACCAUCUACCUGGACUCCUGCAUGGGUGUUGUCCAGAACAGCAAGGUGCGGCGCUUUGCCUUCGAGCUGAAGAUGCAGGACAAGAGCACGUACCUGCUGGCGGCGGAGGGCGAGGCGGAGAUGGACGAGUGGAUCGGGACGCUCAACAAGAUCCUGCACAGCGGCUUCGAGCAGGCCAUGCAGGAGAAGAAGAACGGGGAGCUGCAUGACGACGAGGAGCUCGGCAAAACAGACUCUUCCUCCGGAACUUUCCAUGACAGUUUUCAGAGUGCGAGGGAUAUCGAGUCCAAGAUGAGAAGCGAAACCCGCCUCAAGCUGUUCACUUUGGACCCCGACACACAGAAACUGGACCUGUCUGGCAUCCAGCCAGAAGUGGGUCAGUUUGAGGAGAAGUUUGGUAACAGAGUGCUGGUCUCCUGUCACAACCUCUCCUUCAACCUGCAGAGCUGCAUCACAGACGACCAGGAUGGGCCCACCACCAACGUGGAGCCCUUCUACGUGAUCCUCUCCCUCUUCGAUGUGCAGAACGGCCGCAAGAUCUCCGCCGACUUCCACGUGGACCUCAACCACCCCCUGGUCCGCCUCAUGACCACCUCCCCCACCUCCCCCCCGGCCUCCCCUCCCCCGGCCCCCACCCCGUCCCCGGCGGGGUUCCACAAGCUGGCCGGGGAGCUGCCGGAGGCCGCCCUGUCGUACCCCCGUCAGGGUGUGUUCUCGGUGACCUGCCCCCACCCGGACAUCUUCCUGGUGGCGCGGGUGGAGAAGGUUCUGCAGGGGGGCAUCGCCCACUGCACCGAGCCCUACAUGAAGAGCUCCGACUCAGUCAAGGUGGCCCAGAAGGUGUUGAAAAACGCCCGGUCGGCCUGCAGCAGACUGGGGCAGUACCACAUGCCUUUCGCCUGGUCCGCAAGGCCUUUGUUCAAAGAUGCUUCCGGUAAACUGGACAAAAGUGCUCGCUUCUCGGCUCUCUAUCGCCAGGACAGCAGCAAAUUGUCUGACGAGGACAUGUUUAAACUGCUGGCCGACUUCAGAAAACCGGAGAAAAUGGCCAAGCUGCCGGUGAUCUUGGGGAACCUGGACGUAACCAUUGACAACGUGGCGCCAGAUAUAACCAACUGCGUCACUUCCUCCUACCUCCCGGUGCGGGGCUUCGAGGCCAGCGGGGCCCCCGGGUCAAGCGCCCUGCUGGAGGUGGAGGAGUUUGUCCCCUGCAUCGCCAAGUGCUCCCAGCCCUUCACCACCUACAACAACCACCUGUACGUCUACCCCCGGCUGCUCAAGUACGACGGGCAGAAGGCCUUCGCCAAGGCCAGAAACAUUGCGGUCUGCAUUGAGUUCAAGGAUUCAGAUUCUGAGGUCGCCCAGCCAAUUAAGUGUAUCUACGCCCGUCCGGGGGGCUCUCUGUUCACCAAGCAGGCCUUCGCUGCCGUUCUGCACCACCAGCAGAACCCAGAGUUCUAUGACGAGAUCAAGAUUGAGCUGCCCAUCCAGCUCCACGAGAAGCACCACCUCCUCUUCACCUUCUACCACGUCAGCUGUGAGAGCAACAACAAGAAGAAGGACCAGGUGGAGACACCUGUGGGCUCUGCCUGGCUGCCCCUGCUCCGGGACGGCCGGGUGGUGAUGAGCGAGCAGCAGGUUCCCGUGGCUGCCAACCUGCCGCCCGGAUACCUCAGCGCCCAGGAUGCGGUUGCCAAGAACUCUGGACCGGACGUGAAGUGGGUGGACGGGGGCAAAGCUCUCUUUAAAGUCUCCACACACCUGGUGUCCACUAUCUAUACCCAGGACCAACACCUGCACAACUUCUUCCACCACUGCCAGAGAAUGGAGAGCUCAGAGCAGGCGUCCGAGGGGGAGCUGGUCAAAUACCUGAAGAGCCUCCAUGCGAUGGAAGGUCAUGUGAUGGUCAACUUCCUGUCCACCGUUCUCCACCAGCUAUUCCGCGUCCUUACCAGAGCCAAGAUGGAGGAAGUGGCUGUCAAUGUGACCAGGGUGAUGGUCCACGUGGUGGCCCAGUGCCACGAGGAGGGGCUGGAGCACUACCUGAGGUCCUACAUCAAGUUUGUGUUUAAGGCGGAGCCUGACUUUGCUGUGGGUAAGACGGUGCACGAGGAGCUAGUUAAAGCUAUGACCGCCAUCCUCAAACCCUCCACCGACUUCCUCACCAGCAACAAGCUGCUGAAGCAUUCCUGGUACUUCUUUGAAGCCCUGGUCAAGUCCAUGGCUCAAUAUCUGGUGGAGAGCGAUAAGGUCAAGCUCUCGAGGAACCAGAGGUUCUCGGCCUCGUUCCAGCACGCCGUGGAGACGCUGGUCAACAUGCUGGCGCCGCACAUCACCCAGAAGUACAAGGACAACCUGGACGCCGCGCGGAACGCCAACCACAGCCUGGCCGUGUUCAUCAAGCGCUGCUUCACCUUCAUGGACCGAGGCUUUGUGUUCAAGCAGAUCAACAACUACAUGAACUGCUUCGUCCCAGGGGACCCAAAGACGCUGCACGAGUUCAAGUUUGAGUUCCUGCGGGUGGUGUGUAACCACGAGCACUACGUCCCCCUCAACCUGCCCAUGCUCUUCAGCAAGGGCCGCGUGCACAGGUUCCAAGACCUGCAGCCCGACUACUCUCUGACCGACGACUUCUGCCGGAACCACUUCCUGGUGGGCCUGCUGCUGCGGGAGGUGGGCGGGGCGCUGCAGGAGCACGGUGAGGUCCGCCAGGUCGCCAUCCAGGUGCUGAAGAGCCUGAUGAUGAAGCACACCUUCGACGACCGCUACGCCGCCAAGAGCCAGCAGGCCAGACUGUCGACCCUCUACCUACCACUCUUCGGCCUGCUGUUGGAGAACGUCCACCGGCUGGACGCCAAGGAGUCCCCGGCACUCAGCGGGAACAACAGCAAUACCAGAGAAGACUCCCUGGCAACCCCUAUGAAGACAGGAAGCAUCUGUAUGGAGAGCGCGCUCCAUAAGGACGUGUUCGGGGCCAUCUCAGGAACGGCCUCCCCCCAUCCCUCCACCCCCGCGGGCUCGGUCCUGCAGCCCGGGUCGCGGGGGUCGCUGGUCUCCACGGACUCCUGCAACAGCCUGCAGGACAAGAGCAGAGAGAGGUCCAACUCCCUGGACAAGAACCAGUGUGCCUCUGCACUGGGCAGCGCGGUCCUCCGAUGCGACAAGCUGGAGCGGGAGGAGGUGAAGAGCCUGCUCAUGUGCUUCCUGCACGUCCUCAAGAGCAUGUCGGAGGAGGCUCUCUUCACCUACUGGCACAAGGCCUCACCCUCGGAGCUGAUGGACUUCUUCAGCCUGCUGGAGGUGUGUCUCCACCAGUUCCGCUAUGCAGGGAAGAGGAACAUCGCCAGGGCGGGGCUUCUGCACGCCCGCCUCCAGCAGCUGGGCACGGUGGAGAACGCACACACCUUCAACAACGUGUACUCCCACUCUGAGCCCGAGGUGAGCAACCAGUGUCUGCUGGAGGCCAACGUGUCGACAGAGGUCUGCCUGACGGUGCUGGACACCCUCUGCGUCUUCAUCAACGGAUUCAAGAGUCAGCUGAGCUCAGACCUGGGCCACAACCCGCUGAUGAAGAAGGUAUUCCAGGUGCACCUGUGCUUCCUGCAGAUCCCCCAAUCAGAGACAGCCCUCAAGCAGGUGUUCACCGCCCUGCGGACCUUCAUCUACAAGUUCCCGUGCACGUUCUUCGACGGCCGCGCGGACAUGUGCGCGGCGCUGUGCUACGAGACGCUGAAGUGCUGCAACUCCAAGCUGAGCUCCAUCCGCAGUGACGGCGCCCAGCUGCUCUACUUCCUCAUGAAGAGCAACUUCGACUACACGGGCCGCCGCUCCUUCGUACGCACGCACCUCCAGGUGGUGAUUGCCGUCAGUCAGCUGAUCGCUGAUGUCCUCGGCAUCGGCGGGACCCGCUUCCAGCAGUCGCUCUCCAUCAUCAACAACUGCGCCAACGGAGACAAGAACAUCAAGCACACGGUGUUCCCGUCGGACGUGAAGGACCUGAUGAAGCGCAUCCGCACGGUGCUGAUGGCCACGGAGCAGAUGAAGGAGCACGAGGACGACCCCGAGAUGCUGGUGGACCUGCAGUACAGCCUGGCCAAGUCCUACACCAGCACCCCAGAGCUCCGCAAGACCUGGCUGGACAGCAUGGCCCGCAUCCACCACAAGAACGGGGAGCUGUCCGAGGCGGCCAUGUGUUAUAUCCAUGUUGCUGCACUUGUGGCAGAGUACCUGUGGAGAAAAGGAAUGUUCCGGCAGGGCUGUUCGGCGUUCCGGGUCAUCACGCCCAACAUCGACGAGGAGGCGGCCAUGAUGGAGGACGUGGGGAUGCAGGAUGUGCACUUCAACGAGGAGGUGCUGAUGGAGCACCUGGAGGAGUGCGCCGACGGCCUGUGGAAGGCGGAGCGCUACGAGCUGAUCGCCGACGUCUACCGCCUCAUCAUCCCCAUCUACGAGCAGCGCCGCGACUUUGAGAAACUGACCCACCUAUACGACACCCUGCACCGCGCCUACACCAAGGUGAUGGAAGUGAUGCAUUCUGGGAGGAGGAUGCUCGGCACUUACUUCAGGGUGGCCUUCUUCGGACAGGGCUUCUUCGAGGACGAGGACGGCAAGGAGUACAUCUACAAGGAGCCCAAGUUCACCCCUCUGUCCGAGGUGUCCCAGCGGCUCCUCAAGCUCUACACACACAAGUUCGGCCCCGAGAACGUCAAGAUGAUACAGGACUCCGGCAAGGUGAACCCCAAGGACCUGGACGCCAAGUACGCCUACAUCCAGGUGACCCACGUCACGCCCUACCUGGAGGACAAGGAGCUGGAGGAGCGCAAGACGGACUUCGAGAAGAGCCACAACAUCCGGCGCUUCGUGUUCGAGACGCCCUUCACGGCGGCGGGCAAGAGGCAGGGCGGUGUGGAGGAGCAGUGCAAACGACGCACCGUGCUGACCACCACCCACUGCUUCCCGUAUGUGAAGAAGCGCGUGGCGGUCAUGUACCAGCACCAGACGGACCUCAGCCCCAUCGAGGUGGCCAUCGACGAGAUGAGCGCCAAGGUGGCCGAGCUGAGGCUGCUCUGCGCCGCGCCCGACGUCGACAUGAUCCGCCUGCAGCUCAAGCUGCAGGGCAGCGUCAGUGUGCAGGUCAACGCCGGGCCCCUAGCCUACGCCAGAGCCUUCCUGGACGACAGCAGUGCUAAGAAGUAUCCGGACAACAAGGUCAAGCAGCUGAAGGAGGUUUUCAGGCAGUUUGUGGACGCCUGUGGGCAGGCCCUGGGGGUGAACGAGCGGCUGAUCAAGGAGGACCAGCAGGAGUACCACGACGAGAUGAAGGCCAGCUACCGGGACCUGGCCAGGGAGCUGUCCGGCAUCAUGCACGAGCAGAUAAACCCAACGGACGACGGCAACAGAAACACUCUCUCCGACUCUCUAGGGAUCUUCAACGCGAUCAGCGGCACCCCGACCAGCGCUAACACACACGGCUCAAACUCCGUCCUCUGACCUCCCGACUUUUCCUCCAACACUCACGAUUGACCACUACUUCUUAAGCCCCGCCCCUCCCAGAGCGAUACCCGGACAAAAUACGUUGUCCGAUUCUUCCUCCGAUUUACAGAAUUUAAAAAUGGUUGAUGACUUGUUGGAAAGCUAAUAGGUUUACUCUGGAAAAAUGUGCACAAAUUAUUAGGUGGAAAAUAUCCCAUAAACAAAGUAGACGAAUACGUUGUUAUCAUUUGUCUUUUAUUUGUCUUAUUAGUUUUACCCUAUUGGAUGCCAGAUUCACAGGGAAUGCAUAUAAACGACAGGGUCCACCAAUGAGGAAAGGUUAUUUUAAGACAAAAGUUGAUUUUAUUACCUGACAUUUUUGAACGAACAUCAUUUUGUGAAAUAUUGUUGACAUCCAAAACACAAAGACACUCCUCAUUCCCGUACAUGUGGCUAAAAAUAAGCAGCGAAAACAGCAGUUACCUGCUGUUUUCUGGUCCAGUGCUGGCGGUACAAAAGGUGUGCUAGCAGGCUAUUAAUGGAUUUACUGUUUUGGUCAUACGGCUUAAGACUCCUUAAAAAUAGAUUAUUGUGUACAGUAGUGUAUAUAUGUAAUAUAUAUACAGCAUUACAACUAUAGAUAUUGUCAGAGGUUUACAUGUUCGAUGUAAUCUCUACUAAAUCGAACAUUGACUACAUUCCUCUGUUUAUAAACUGUAUUUUUUAAUCUUUCGUUUUUGUGUCCCAGAAGAUUGCAUAAUGUUUGUUUUUAGGUUCCAAUGCAGAAAAAGACAAAGAAUUUUUCAAUUUAUUUUAGACCAAUGUAUUUUUUUUAAGUAGUUUUUUUAUCUGAGCUACUUCAGUCCAUGGGAUAGCAUCUUGAAUAGCACGAAUAUAUCUUCAGAAACAAUGUGUGCAAUAUUUUCUACUAAUACCGAGACCUAUUGCACAGAAGACCUCUCUUGCCAAAGAAAUUAGAAAAUAAGAAAACAUUUUGUGCAAUGACAGGUUUGAUGAUUAUUUCCCAUCUUCUCUGUCUCCCUGGCUUUUUAUUGUCGAUUUGAAAUAAUAACUUUUUUAUAUCUAUUAACUUCUCUUGUAAAUAUGUCCUCAAACUUUUUUAAUAAAGACUAUAUAAAUACAAA